AUGGCUAUCCGAGUGCCAAGUGUAACUCAUUCUAGCAGGAUCUUGAGAAAGUUUUCUUCUCGAGAUAUCCCGAAAGGCCAUCUUGCUGUUUAUGUUGGCCAAGAUGAUCAGAAGAAGAGAUAUGUGAGCCACCCUUGGUUUCAAGACUUGUUGAGUCAAGCACAGGAAGAGUUCGGUUUCAAUCAUUCCAUGGGUGGUCUCACAAUUCCCUGCAUAGAAGAUGCCUUUGUUCAUCUCACUUCUGGCUUAGUUCCCAGAGGACUGUUAAAACAGCAAUCAUAUCGCUUAACUUGCACACAUGCUCAGAGUCGAUCCCGGGUGAAAAGACUUGCAUGA